AUGGAUACUCAGAUCUUUAUUCCUUUCAGCUCCAGUCCGCCCAAUAUCGCCGCCAAAAUGUCAGACCCUAAGGAGCGAUUCUUCCGCUAUUUCCAGGCAGAGAUAACGGCUAUUCAGGGCCAGAUCGAUGAUCUAGCGACCUUGUCACCCGUAGGCGGAGAGCGGCAGGACUGCACCGACACCGUGCUGGCUGGCAUCUCGCGCCUGUCCAACGAGGUCAUGGACGCCGCUGACUAUAUCCCCGCCUACGACCAACGGACGUAUUCUCAGGCCGUCAAGGCUUUGACGGAGAAACUUAACGAGACCACCGCAAAGUUCGCGCCGAAGUCGCGCUUCCAGUUCAAACCGCGGGCGGUCGCGAAGUCGGAGGCGGAACAACGACCCGACCUACGGCGCCGGCGAGGACCCUUGGGUAACAGCGCUGACUUGUCGGGACGGUCGGCGGUCGCGGCCGGCUCAGACGUGGGCGGCGAUCCCGUGCAGCCCGCCAAGGACUACAACCAGGAGAUCGAGCGACCCGACGAGCUAGGCACAGGCAUUCGGAAGCCAAGUUUCUCGGCCGUGGAGAGUGUCGCGCUUCGCGACCACACGGGCCUGCACAUCAUGCUGCCGCCGGCGGCGGCGGGGGCUGCAUCCUCAGGAAACCUGACGAACCUGAGUCGCUGCGUGGUAGACAUGCCAGCGCCGACAAUCGGCGACAGCAGCAGCGGCAGCGGCGCACCAUUCGCGAGUCUCGCGCUCAAGAACAUACGACAGAGCCUUGUCGUUACCGGCCGCGUUGCGGGGCCGGUGCACGUCACGGGCCUAAGGGACUGCGUCGUCGUCGUAGCGGCGCGACAGCUCCGCUUCCACGAGUGUAUCGGCGUCGACGUGUACCUACACUGCGCGAGCCACCCCAUCAUCGAGGAUUGUUCGCGGAUGCGCUUCGCGCCGCUGCCCGAGUUUUAUGCUACCAAGUUAGGCACCACAGACGAGAGCAACCAAUGGGACCAGGUCGAUGACUUCAAGUGGCUGAAGAGCGAGCCGUCGCCAAACUGGACCGUGCUACCCGAGGGCGAGCGCGUCGCCGCCGACGUCUGGCAGGACGCGGUCCGCGGCGGCCCGAGCCGAAGCACGGACGACAUACUACGGACGGUUGGUGUGCCCUCCUCGUAG